CUGAGAUCCACUCAGAACCUGGCCAGUCCCUCCGACGUCACGGCCCGCUGACGUCACUCGUCCUGGUAGACCGUGCGGCAGUGCGAGUCCUCACUCAGUGUCCGGAGUUGCGCGCGGGAUGGACCGGUGAUUGACGGGGAGGCAGCGCGAGCGCCGAUAUCACGUGACUAACGGCCGCGAGAGGCGGGCUAGACUAGAGACUCGUCAGCUGCGCGUCUCCGGACGGUUCGGACCUGCGGCCGAGAGUGAGUUGGGAACGUGACGUGGGGAACAGCAGCGUCAACGGCCAGCUGUGCGCAUGGGUUUGAAGUGCGUGUUUUAAAGUGUGUUUGUGUGAACGUGUUCACAGCGUGCAUAUGCGUGUAUGUUUGAAGGGUUUCAAAGUGUGCGUGAGUGUUUUACACCGUGAUGAAUGUGGGGCUGAACUUAAGUGUGCAUGAGAUAUGUGCACGUGAGUUUGUGUUUAAAGUGUGAGUGAGUUUGAAGUGUGUGUUCGUGAGUGAGUGUGAGCCUAUAUAGUUGCACCUCUGAGGACCAAUUCUUGGAAACACACCACCUUGUAUGGUGCUUUUGCCGGACCCCACAAGAGCCGGAGGAGCGCCGGAUCAGAAAAGCUUCCACAGCAGGACUGUUGAUUCCUGCAGACAUGCACCGCCUCAGGACCACCGCGGCAAGGCUACAGCCUCUAAUCACAGUGCAGACGGUCCGGCACCAGACCCGGCCCAGACCAGCUCUCAGGACGGCUCAGGCAGUGAGAAUGCAGAGCUCAUCUGUGGCUGCAGAACCUUUUCUGAACGGAACCAGUACCAACUAUAUGGAGGAGAUGUUCACAGCCUGGCAGGAGGACCCGGCGAGCGUGCAUGAGUCCUGGAAUGCCUACUUUCGUAACGCUGAAGUCGGAGCAGUGCAGCAGAACCCGGCUGAGAUGUUGUGCCGAGCGCAGGCAGUGGGAGGAACGGUGCCCUCUGUGGAGAAGUUGGUGGCCGACCACCUCGCUGUGCAGUCACUGAUUCGAGCCUAUCAGGUCAGGGGUCACCACGUCGCCAAGCUGGACCCGCUCAGCAUCAGCUGUGUGGACUUUGACGACACACCGUGCUCCAUCGGCCUCCAGAACAUUGGCCACUACGGACUCACCCCAGCAGACCUGGGCAAAGUCUUUCGGCUCCCCACCACCACCUUCAUCGGCGGGGGUGAGAGCUCGCUGCCCCUCAGGGAGAUCAUCCACAGGCUGGAGUCGGCGUACUGUCAGCACAUUGGUGUGGAGUUCAUGUUCAUCAAUGACCUGGAGCAGUGUCAGUGGAUCCGGCAGAAGUUCGAGACGCCUGGACUGCUGCACUUCAGCUUGGAGGAGAAGCGCACCCUGCUGGCCAGGAUGAUCCGCUCCACCAGGUUCGAGGAGUUCCUGCAGAAGAAGUGGUCGUCUGAGAAACGCUUCGGGCUGGAGGGUUGCGAGUCCCUAAUCCCCGCGCUCAAGGGCAUCAUCGACAAGUCGAGCGCCGCUGGCGUGGACAACGUCAUCAUGGGGAUGUCGCACAGAGGGCGACUCAAUGUGCUGGCCAACGUCAUCCGGAAGGAGCUGGAGCAGAUCUUCUGCCAGUUCGACUCCAGACUGGAAGCAGCGGACGAGGGCUCGGGUGACGUCAAGUACCACCUGGGGAUGUACCACCGCAGGAUGAACCGGGUCAGCGACAGAUUAAUCACCCUGUCGCUUGUGGCGAACCCCUCCCACCUGGAGGCUGUGGACCCAGUGGUGCAGGGGAAGACCAAGGCAGAGCAGUUCUACUGUGGAGACUCCCAGGGCAAGAAGGUGAUGUCCAUCCUCAUCCAUGGCGACGCUGCGUUUGCUGGCCAGGGGAUCGUCUAUGAGACCUUCCACCUGUCAGACCUGCCGUCCUACACCACGCACGGCACCGUCCACAUCGUGGUCAACAACCAGAUCGGAUUCACCACGGACCCCAGGAUGGCGCGCUCCUCUGCGUACCCCACGGACGUGGCCAGAGUGGUCAACGCCCCCAUCUUCCAUGUGAAUGCAGACGACCCUGAGGCCGUAAUGUAUGUGUGCAACGUUGCGGCGGAGUGGAGGAACACCUUCCACAAAGACGUGGUGGUGGACCUGGUGUGUUACAGGAGGAACGGUCACAACGAGAUGGACGAACCGAUGUUCACCCAGCCGCUCAUGUAUAAGCGCAUCAAGAAGCAGAAGGGAGUCCUGCAGACGUUUGUGGAGAAACUGAUCAAAGAGGAAGUGGUCACCAUGCAGGAGUAUGAGGAGGAAGUGGCUCGGUACGACCGGAUCUGCGAGGAGGCAUUCAGCCGCUCCAAAGAUGAGAAGAUCCUGCACAUCAAGCACUGGCUGGACUCGCCGUGGCCCGACUUCUUCACCCGGGAUGGCCAGCCAAAGAGCAUGAGUUGUCCGUCCACCGGCAUCAGUGAGGAGCAGCUGGCUCGCAUUGGCAGUGUCGCCGCCUCGGUUCCGGUGCCGGACUUCACCGUCCACGGAGGUCUGAGUCGCAUCCUGAAGGGCCGAGCUCACAUGCUGAGUCAGCGCGUUUGUGACUGGGCCCUGGGAGAGUACAUGGCCUUCGGUUCCUUGCUGCUGCAAGGCACCCAUGUCCGGCUCAGUGGGCAGGAUGUGGAGCGCGGAACCUUCAGUCACAGGCACCACGUUCUUCACGACCAGAAUGUGGACAAGAGGACCUGCAUCCCCAUGAACCACCUGGCUGCUGACCAGGCGCCCUACACUGUCUGCAACAGCUCACUGUCCGAGUACGCUGUCCUCGGGUUCGAGUUGGGCUUCGCCAUGGCGAGUCCCGACGCGCUGGUGCUGUGGGAGGCCCAGUUUGGAGACUUCAACAACACUGCCCAGUGCAUCAUCGACCAGUUCAUCAGCUCUGGCCAGGCCAAGUGGGUCCGACAGAAUGGCAUCGUACUGCUGCUGCCUCACGGCAUGGAGGGCAUGGGUCCAGAACACUCGUCGGCUCGUCCUGAAAGGUUCCUCCAGAUGUGCAACGACGAUCAGGAUGUGUUCCCAAAACUCCACGAGGACUUUGCGACUCGACAACUGCACGACUGCAACUGGAUCGUGGUCAACUGCUCCACUCCAGCCAACUACUUUCACGUCCUGCGCAGACAGAUCUUGCAGCCCUUCAGGAAGCCGCUGGUCGUCUUCACGCCCAAGUCUCUCCUGCGCCACCCGGAGGCCAAGUCCAGUUUCGACGACAUGCUUCCUGGAACCCAUUUCCAGCGAGUGAUACCGGAGCAAGGCCCGGCUGCCGCUGCACCAGAACUCGUCAAGAGAGUCAUCUUCUGCUCAGGCAAGAUCUACUACGAGCUGACACGAGAGCGCGCCAACCGAGGACUGGAUGACUUGGUCGCUGUUGUCCGGGUGGAGCAGUUGUCGCCCUUCCCCUUUGACCUGGUGAAAGAGGAGACGGACCGGUACCACGGUGCUGACCUGGUGUGGUGUCAGGAGGAGCACAAGAACCAGGGCUACUAUUACUACGUCAAGCCUCGGAUUCGCACCACCAUCAACAAGACCCGGCCCGUCCGGUAUGCCGGACGAGAUCCGGCCGCGGCGCCGGCCACCGGCAACAAGCACACCCACAUGAUGGAGCUUCAGCGCCUGCUUGACUCCGCCUUCGACCUGAAUGCUACCUCGACACACUGAUGCUCCGCCCACCAAGGCCCCUCCCCCCUUUAGGAGCACACACAACACAACCUUGUGCUCUCCAGCGCCAAACGGGUUCAAAAACUAUGUAAAUAAUCACCACAUGACUCCAACAACUCCACCACACUUUAACCAACAGGCACACACAUGAAAUUGUUUCUGAGGAGGUCAUGUGACACUAAUAAACAUAU